AGUUUUACUACCCAAUGGUCGCUUCCGCCGUAGCACGAGUGUAUCGGCGAUCGCCUAUUCUGGCUAACUCCAUCUCCUCCGUAUUUUUCUUCGCUCUGAGUGACUGGUUCGCACAGAAAGCCGAGAAGGCCUCCGAUCACAUAGACAAGAAAAGGGUCGCAGCCGUUGCGAUGUGCGGCCCGAUAUUCAACGGCCUUCCUCUGACGCUGUUCUAUGAGGCUAUGGACAAGCACAUUGGUACCAAGGCGACCUUUCGGGUGGUUGGUCGUAAACUUCUCGCUAUGCAAUUCAUCUACAUGCCAAUUUCCGUACCAUCUUUUCUGUUUCUAUCUACUUUGUUCCACCGACUCCUCCUGGGAGAAGAGGUCAGUCGAAGCGUCUAUCGAGCAAAGGAGGCAGCAACGAGUAAAUGGGCAGAGGCCUACCUAGCCUCGUGGUUUGUGUGGCCUGUCUCCGACACCUUCAACUUCACUGUAGUUCAGAAGAUCCUCCCCGCGGCCCGACCUACAUGGGACUGUGUUGUCGAUGUGGGGUGGAACGCCUAUCUCAGUUGGAGAGGCAUUGGUGGGCACUCAAUCACAGAAUUCGCCGCUGCCCGACCGUGA